AUGGGCAAAAAUCAGAGUAAACCAACAUCUCCAAAGAAGAAGAAGGCUAACAAAAAACUUACAUCGGAAGAAGCCGCUGAACUCGAGCAAACUACCUAUUUUACUCGAAAAGAACUCAAAAAAUGGUACAAAGAUUUCAUUAGAGAUUGCCCGACUGGAGAAUUGAGAAUGGAAGAGUUCCAAGGAAUUUAUAAACAAUUUUUCCCGAAUGGCGAUCCUUCGAAAUUUGCUGCAUUUGUCUUUAAUGUCUUCGAUGACAAUCAGGAUGGGCAUAUUUCAUUUAAGGAGUUUAUCGCCGCGUUAUCAAUCACCUCAAGGGGAACCUUGGACGAGAAAUUGGAUUGGGCUUUCUCUUUGUACGACGUUGACAAGGAUGGAUUUAUCACUAAAGAUGAAAUGGCCAAUAUUGUGGAUGCUAUAUAUAGCAUGAUCGGGAAUAUGCUCGAACUUCCCAAAGACGAGGACACCCCUCAAAAACGAGUAGAGAAAAUCUUUACAAACAUGGACAAGAAUUUCGAUGGUCAACUGACUAGAGAGGAAUUCAAAGAGGGCUCAAAAGCUGACCCAUGGAUUGUACAAGCUUUAACGAUGGACAUGACGUCAAGCAAUUGA